GCUCGUCCAUUUCACUCUGUCUCGACCACCCCACCACAACAAACAACCACCGCACCACCGCACCCGCUUCACCUCUGCUGCGCAUCUGCCGCGCCGCUUAUUUUUAACAAUUAGCUUCUUGAAGAGGUUCCUGCUCCCGUCCGCUUCGACGAAGAUGCCGGACAAGUACCCUGCCCCUGACUCCUUCGAGGUGGCGAAGACGGACGCUGAGUGGGCGGCCGAGCUCACGCCCGCGGAGUACAACGUGAUCCGCAACAAGGGCACGGAGAGAGCGACCACCGGCGAGUACGACAAGUUCUACCCCGAGAAGCAUGAAGGGUUCUUCGUCUGCAAGGCUUGCAAGAACCCGCUUUACUCCGCCGAGUCCAAGUUUAAGAGUGGAUGCGGCUGGCCGGCUUUCGACAAGUGUUUCAAAGGGGCCGUGGUAACUAACACCGACAACGCUUAUGGGAUGCAGCGGGUGGAAAUCGUUUGCGCAAAGUGCGGGGGGCACCUUGGGCACGUGUUCGAGGGAGAGCGGAUGACGUCAACCAAUGAGCGACACUGCGUUAACAGCGUCAGCGUCAAGUUUCAGAAGGGUCCCAUCCCAGAGGGCCUCGAGGAGGACAAGGUUGUUUGAUCAAAGAAGAGCAAGGUGGUUUGAUUGGGGAGAACAAGCUGGCGUGACCAUAGAAGAGCAACGUAGUUCGAUUAAAAAUAUUGUUGGGUUCUGUGUGCUCGUCCAUUGGUAAGACUGGUCGGUUCGUGAGGCAAGUGGGACACCGAUCGGGAACUCGGCAGAAGGUCGUUGCUUGAGGUCAUUCGGUUGUUGGAUUUCUCUUCAGAGAGCCUUGGGAAAGGACAAGAUUGGUUGGAACAUUCGGUGGGUGGGGGCUAUGGACCGCCCAAAGGCAUCUCGUUUCAUUGUCAGACAGCAUAAAUACAAUCACAGAAAUAGACUUACGUGUUUGAGAAAAUAGAUGCCACAGUCGAAGGGGAGGUGUUAAAAUAGCGGUCUUGUGUAUUGCCGCGCCUGUCGAUGGAGGCGAAGGACCAAACAGGCUCUCAUAAGCUUCCAGAACGUUGUGAAUAGAGAGGAGCUAUGAGGGAUGCGCGGGCGGUAGUUCUGAAGAGGGGCUGCAAGAUUUCAACGCUUGUUGCGGGAAAGUAUUUUUGGGACAAUAGAAUCGUAGUAAUUUCUGGUAUCACAGCAAGCAGUAGAGGUAACUCGGGCAGAUACUUGUCGCGACGACACCCGUUUUUCGGCCUCCUUAUGCAGCAAACAAUUUCACCUUCCUG